AUGGAAGAUGAAGAAUUUGCUCCAACUCCUUGCAUUGAUGCAACUCCAACUCCUUGUGUUGAUACAACUCCAACUAAUGCUACUCAAACUUCUAAUGCUCAAACAACAAGAUCCACAUUCACUCCUCUUGUUGGUAUUGAGUUUUAUAAAACUUAUGCUCGGUUUUGUGGUUUUGUGGAAAGAUUGGCUACUGAGAAAAAAGAUAAGGAUGGUCAUGUUUACUUGAAGUAUAUUUAUUGUAAUAAACAAGGAUUUAAAGAAGAUGGUGAGAGUAAAGCAAAGAUUGAUAAAAGACAUGUAGGAGGAUAUGAGAAUGUAGGGGCGUCAUUGGUUGAUUUUAAGAACUUCAGUCGAGAUGUUAAAGCUUACAUACAAGAUGUUGAUGCCGACAUGUUUGUAAAUAAUUUCAAAGAAAAGGCAACUAGUAGUGGUGGAGGGUUUUUCUUUGACUAUUGUGUGGAUGAAAAUCGACAUUUGACUAGAGUUUUUUGGGCGGAUGCCAUUAGUAGGAAAAACUAUUCUCUUUUUGGUGAUAUGGUAUCAUUUGAUACAACUUUUGAUACCAAUAAAUAUUGUAUGGUUCUUGCCCCAUUUACUGGAGUUGAUCAUCAUGGAAAAUGUGUUACUUUUGGUAUGGGCCUACUUGCAAAGGAAGAUAUAGAAUCUUUCGUAUGGUUGUUUGAAUGUUUUUUAAAAGCUAUGGGUAAUUGUCAACCUACUUGUCUCAUUACUGAUCAAGAUGCAGCAAUGAAACAAGCAAUUGAAAAAGUUUUCUCUAAGACAAUUCAUAGACUUUGCAUGUGGCAUAUCAUGAAAAAAGUGCCGGUAAAAGUAGGUCCAGAUAUGUGUAGAACAACGAAGUUUCUUGAGAAACUGAAUGCUGUUGUUUGGGAUAGAGACCUUGAGCCAGAUGAAUUUGACAAAGGGUGGAAUUCUGUGAUGCGUGAAUUUGGCUUAGAAGAUGAUGGGUGGUUUACUGAUAUGUUUAACAUAAGACAUAUGUGGAUCCCUUCUUACUUUCGAAAUCUUUUCAUGGGUGGUAUUUUGAGGUCCACACAGAUUUCAGAGUCUGAGAACAACUUUUUCACUUUGUUUACAAAUGCAAAUCUUCUUCUAGUUGAGUUAUGGUUUCGGAUAGAAUCAGCCAUGGAUGCUCAAAGACAUGCCCAAAACAAACUCAACUCAGAUUCUAAGAAUUCCAUGCCUCGUCUAUUACUCCUCUUCCUUUAG